AUGUAUCGAUUGGUGAGGAGAGGAGCCUCUUUCCGCUUCCAAAAGCUAAAUGAAGGUUUAGCAAAGCAGCUCGCUGUUCAACCAGCAUCAUGUCCAGAUACCAAAGGUUUUAUGGAUAAGCUUGCACAUCUCCGUCAGCAAUCUGUUUUCGGAGAUGCAAAAAGAAUCGAAAAGCAGCAUGUAAAACACAAGCUUUCAGCUAGAGAAAGAGUUGAAUUGCUCGUAGAUCCUGGCACAUUUGUCGAAUACGAUCAGUUAGUGACUCACAGAUGUACAGAUUUCGGAAUGGAAAAAACCAAACAUCCAGGUGAUGGAUUAGUUUCUGGACAUGGCUAUGUUGAUGGAAAACUGGUCUUUGUAUACAGCUACGAUUUUACUGUUGGCGGAGGCACCUUAUCAGAAACCGUUGCUGAGAAAGUAUGCAAAGUUCAAGAAAAAGCAUUAAAUGUAGGAGCUCCAAUUAUUGGACUCAACGACAGCGGUGGAGCUAGAAUCCAAGAAGGAGUACAGUCACUCGGAGGCUACUCUGACAUUUUCUACAACAAUGUUCAAGCCUCAGGUGUUAUCCCUCAACUUUCCAUGAUUAUGGGACCUUGUGCUGGAGGAGCUGUGUAUUCUCCUGCAUUAACAGAUUUUAUCUUUAUGGUUAAAAACUCUUCCUUUAUGUUUGUGACAGGUCCAGAUGUCGUAAAGGCAGUGACCCACGAAGAAAUCGAUAUGGAAGGCCUCGGUGGAGCUAAAGUUCACAGCUCAAAAUCUGGUGUCUCACAUUUCGCAUUGAAUAACGAUGUUGAAGCUUUAAUGUUUGUUAGAAAUUUCUUAGGUUUCUUACCAAGCUCAAAUAGAGAAAAAGCUACUCCAAAACCAACAGCAGAUCCUUUCGAUAGAGAAAUCCCAGUUCUCGACAAAUUUGUCCCAGAAGAUCCUAAUAAGCCUUACGAUAUGAGAGUCGUCCUCAAAUCAAUCUGCGAUGAUGAAUAUUUCUUAGAAGUUCAGCCUGACUACGCUAAAAACAUUCUUGUUGGAUUUGGAAGACUUGGAACUGAGACGGUCGGAUUCAUAGCAAACCAGCCACAAUCAUUAGCUGGUGUUUUAGACAGACUUUCUUCAAUUAAAGCUGCAAGAUUCAUCAGAUUCUGUGACUCAUUCAACAUUCCGAUUGUCACUUUCGAAGAUGUUCCUGGGUAUUUGCCAGGAGUCCAUGAAGAACACAAUGGUAUCAUUACCCACGGUGCUAAAAUCCUUUACGCUUAUUCAGAAGCUACAGUACCAAAGAUCACAAUCAUUACAAGAAAAGCUUAUGGUGGAGCUUACUGUGUGAUGAACUCCAAACACUUGAAAGGAGAUUUCAACUAUUCAUGGCCAACUGGAGAAAUCGCUGUCAUGGGAGCUAAAGGAGCUUGUGAAAUUAUUUUCAGAGGAGGAGAUAUUCCUGCUGAAACUAAGAAAUACGAAGAAAAAUUCGCCAAUCCUCUAAUUGCAGCACAGAGAGGAUUUAUUGAUGAAAUUUUGACUCCUAGAGAUACCAGAAAGAGACUUAUCCAAGAUUUGAGACUUCUGAAAACUAAGAAAGUUGAAAGACCUUGGAGGAAGCAUGGGAAUGUCCCACUUUAA